GGCUGUGGGCCGCUGCAGGGCAACACCCCGGCGUCCCUGGAAGCGGGGAGCGGGGCAGCCGGGGUGGUGCUGGGGAGCUGUGCAGAGCCGGGAGCCCUCGCCCGGAGCCUCCGCCUCGGGGACCGGCCUGGAGCCCAGACCAGCCAUGGCUGGAAGACCCAUCCGCAUAGGAGACCAGCUGGUCCUGGAGGAAGACUAUGAUGAGACCUACAUCCCCAGUGAGCAAGAAAUCUUUGAAUUUGCCAAAGAGAUAGGUAUUGAUCCCAUCAAGGAGCCGGAGCUGAUGUGGCUGGCCCGGGAGGGCAUUGUGGCCCCCCUGCCUCAGCAGUGGAAGCCAUGCCAGGACAUCACAGGUGACAUUUACUAUUUUAACUUUGCCAACGGGCAGUCCACGUGGGACCAUCCAUGCGAUGGGCACUAUCGGAACUUGGUGAUCCAGGAACGAGGGAAGCUGUCAUCUUCUGGGGCCGGAAAGAAGAAAGACAAGAAGAAGAAAAAGGAAAAGAAAGACAAGAAGGACAAAGAGACCCCCAGAAGCGCCAUGGCCCUGGGCUCCUCUCUAGCCCCAGUCCACGGUCCCCUUGGGGGCCUGGCUCCCUUACGAGGCCUCGGGGAUGCCCCGCUCUCUGCUCUUCGUGCCUCUCACAAUGUGAGCUUGGGGAGCUCCAUGGAGUCUGGUCAGCUUGGAGAACUCACGCUGCCUUUGCAGGGUCUCAGGACUUCUACUCAUAUGCAAGGUCUCUUGGGCUCCAUCCAUGAGGACAAGAAUGCCCUCGGCCUCUUGGCUUUAGGGGAGGAGACCAGCGAGGAGGAGGCGGAGAGUGAUAACCAGAGUGUCCGCAGCUCAAGUGAGCUUCUUAAGAACCUGCACCUGGACAUUGGGGUCCUGGGGGGCAACUUCGAGUAUGAGGAGUCUCCAGGAACAAGCCAGCGCGAGGAGAAGGCCCUCUCUCCUGACUCGGGUGCUGCCCGCCCCCCGACUCCCGGCAGGCUCUCCGGCCGAGGUGCAGACAGCAGCCUGGCCAGUGCAGGCAGCAGAGGGCGACAGGGAGAAGGGGCGAGUGCCCGGAUCCCAGGAAGAGACAAGAGUCAUGAGAGUGACCCUGCGACGACGACAGCCACGAGUCUGGUGGGCCCUGGGGGCGACCAACCCGCCAUGUCCAGUAAGAGAGACGCACCCCAGGACCCGGCUGCAGCGGGGGAGGCUUCCAGGAAGGAGGAGGCCGCAACGGAGCCGGAGGAGGAGGCCCCUGUCCCGGGAGAGAGCGGAUCAGACGCCAGUGAUGCGCUGGAGAUCAGUGAACAUGUGAAGGAGCUACAGGGCUCAGACUCCGAUGCCUCCAACUCCAAGUCCCUCCUUGGCCUGGACUUCGGUUUUCGCAGCCGGAUCUCAGAGCACCUGCUGGAUGUGGAUGUGCUUGCCCCGGUCCCGGAUGGAGCCCGCUGGCCGGCCCGGAGGCUGGGAAGAGACCAGGACAACAGCCAGUCCCGCCACGAUGAGCUGCAGAGCAAACGGUCCCAAGGCUCCGAGAGGGUGUCCCCUUCACUUCUGUACGGGGAGCGGCUUGGGAGUCCCCGGCACAGCCAGGCCACUGUGAAAGGGCCUCUGCAGGCCCCUGCUGGGCCGCCUGAGCGGCGGGGGACACAGGAGCCCCCGGAGCACUCUGCACGCAGCCCCCUCCCGCCCAAGUCCCUGCACAGGGAUGAAACCCCAAGUCCACCUGCCUCCUGCAAGAGCGGCGAGGCGCCGUGCCCCCAGGCCGAGGAGCCCGAGGAGAAGGUGGUGGCCAGCCCCACCCUGCCCAUCUCUCCAGAGGGGCGAUCUCCAGAGCCCGUGGCUCUCCCAGAGCAGCUCCCAGAGGCCGCCCGGAAGGCCAUGGAGGAGGCGGUGGCUCAGGAACUGGAGCAAGAGCAGAGGCAGCUCCUGGAACUGAAGCGGGAAAAGGUGCAGCAGCUGCGGCAGAGGCUGCGGCAGGAGGAGGAGGAGGAGGCGCUUCAGCUUCGACAGCGGAAAGAGGAGUCUCUGAGGCUCCUGCAGGAGCAGCUGCAGAAGGCCACUGAGGAGGAGGGGACUCAGAUGAGAGAGGAAGAGAGCCGGAGGCUGGCCCGGCUCCGGGCCCAGAUCCAGUCCAGCACAGAGGCAGAUGCGGACCGAAUCAGGGCCGAGCACCAGGCUUCCCUGCAGAGGCUGAGAGAGGAGCUGGCGGCCGAGAGGGCCAGCUUGGAGCAGGGCAGCCAGCGUGUGCUGGAGCGGCUCCGGGGAGAGAUGGAGGCUUCGGAGAGGAGGGAGCAGGCGGCCCUGAAUGCCGAGAAGGAGAAGGCCCGGCAGCAGCGGAGGGAGCAGCUGGAAGGGGAGAGGACAGAGGCGGCAGCAGUGCUGGAGACAGAGCACAGGGCUGAGCUGGCGCGCCUCCUGUCCUCCCUGGAGGCCAAGCACAGAGAGGUGGUCUCCAGCCCCCAGAAGGAGGGAGGGGAAGCCCAGCAGAAAGAGGAGGCCCGGCAGCAGGAGAGCCUGGGGUGGGUGGAGCGGACAGCUCGCCAGCUGCUGGAGUACGAGCAGGAGCUCAGUGGGCUCCUGAGAGAGAAGCGCCGGGAGGUGGAACGGGAACACGAGGGGAGGAUGGACAAGAUGAAGGAGGAGCACCGGCAAGCGGUGGCGGAGGCCAGGGAGCAGUAUGAAGCCGAGGAGCGGACACAGCGGGCCACGUUGCUGGGGCACCUGACUGGGGAGCUGGAGCGCCUGCGCAGGACCCACGAGCGGGAGCUGGAGGCCGCGAGGCAGGAGCAGGCCAGGCAGCUGGAGGGCCUGGGGCUCCGGCACCGGGAGCAGGAAAGGAAACUCCAAGAUUUAGAGGUGGAGCUGGAAACCAGAGCCAAAGAGGUCAAGGCCAGGUUGGCUCAGCUGGACGUUCAGGAAGUCACAGCCACCCAUCAACACCUGGAAGAGGCAAAGCAGGAGCACACGCACCUGCUCGAGUCCAGCCGGCAGCUCCGAAGAAGUCUGGGCGAGCUGCGGGCCCAGAAGCUGGAGCUGGAAGCCCAGGUGGACCAGCUGCAGGCCCAGGCCAAGGGGCUGCAGAAACGCAUCAGUGACCUGGAGGCUGAAGCUUGGAGGAAGCAGGAGGCGCUGAAAGGGCUGGCGGUCGAGGUGAGCAGUGCUUCCCCCUGUUGUGAGCCAGACCUCCACGUCGAGGACCUGAAGACACCCCCUGACACCAAGCAGACCAAAGAGGCGCCCCCUUCUGUCUCCCAGAGCCCGGAGGUCCCCAACUCAUCCUUGGACAGCUUCCGGCACUACCUCUCUGCUGAGGGCGUGGCUCUCCGCAGUGCCAAGGCCUUCCUGGUGAGGCAGACGCGCUCCAUGCGCAGGCGGCAGGCAGCCCUGAAAGCCGCCCAGCAGCACUGGGGCCACGAGCUGGGCACCGCCCCGGAUGCGCCCGAGGACCUGCUGGGCACCAAGGCCCUGGGCGAUGACGUGCGCAAGGGCCUGGAGGAGGAGGCCAGGCACCUGGGGGAGAUGCAGUCUGCCAUGCAGAGAGGCCGCGACCUGCUGCAGAGGAAGGAGGAGAAGCUGAGCGAGCUGGAGGCCUCUCUGCGGGCCGAGGCUCUAGAUGAGGACACUCUGAGAGGGCCCCCCACCAAGAAAGUGGUGACCUUUGACACGGAGGACACUAGCAGUGGAAGCUCAGAGUCCUGGCCCCUGCCUCAAGGCGGCCCGGCCAGCCCCGCCUUCCCCGACAAGAUCCGGGGCUUGGACAGCUCCCUGCGGCACAUCAGCAGCCAGCUGCACCAGGUCCUCAGCCUGCUGGGCGUCCUCGGCACCCAGCCGCCCCAGCUCCUCACUUCCACCCCGGCCCCGACCCCGCCCCCCUCCCUCCGGAGGGCCCCCACCCAGUGGGCCUGGGACCCGGGGCUUGGCCCCAGGCUCUCCUCCUCCGCCACUCAGGCCAUGGACGACUUCCUGGUGGAGAAGUGGCGCAAGUACUUCCCAGCUGGGAGCCCCAGCCUCCGCAGCAGCCCGGUGCCCUUGGAGGACAGGCUGGGCUACGUGUCUGCCAGGGAGCAGCUCCGCCUCCUGCAGCCCCCCCACUCCCGCGUCCCCGAGGUGGGCAGCGCCAGUCUGCAGGGCAUGAUCGAGGCUAACCGGCGGUGGCUGGAGCGCUACAGGAAUGACCCCAAGUUAUAUCCUUUCAGCCAGCUCUCAGCCCCUGUGCCCAAGCCAGCAGCCUCGGGCCUCCUGCAGCUGAGCCUGGAUGAGAACAACAGGCUGCAGGUGAACCGCUACUGAGGCUCGGGCGGCCGUGUGGGCCCCGCAUCUCCUGCACCCGGGCCAGGGGCGGCGGAGGGGCCUG